AUGGAUGAUAGAAAGAUUAAUGAUGACUUGACAGCUUUCUUUGUGAAUGUGUGUAUGUGGGGGCAGCAGCUAAUGGAGGCUAAGAUGAUGUAUGGAGGCAAUGGAUUUUAUGAUCUUAUGGUCGACUCCAGUGGCAUGAUAGCUCAGCUUGUCAUGCCAUUGUCAAUACCCAACUAUGGUGACAAUGGAUGUAGCUAUCCAGAUACUCUGCAAAGAGUUAAUACUAUUGCAUCAUAUAUGGGACCAUUCCUAAUCACAAACUUUGUGAACUAUUUACUGCACAAGCAUGAUGAUUCAAGCAUCUAUCAUGGACUGAUUCUUGCAUUUGUAUUCUUCAUUGCCAAGACAAUAGAAUCACUGAGUCAAAGGCAAUGGUAUUUUGGUGCUCAUAUAAUUGGUGUACGUGUACGAGCAGCUAUGAGUGUGUUGAUUUACAAGAAGUCUAUUUCGAUCAAGUAUUCUGGUCCAAGCAAUGGGAGAAUGAUUAAUUUGAUCAAUGUGGACGUAGAAAGGAUUGGAGAUUUCUGUUGGUACAUUCAUGGAAUUUGGUUGCUUCCUCUUCAAGUGGUUUUGGCCUUGGUUAUUCUUUACAAAAAUCUCGGUGCUGCCCCCUCUGCUGCUGCUCUCAUUGCCACAGUUUUGGUCAUGGUAUGCAACACACCUCUGGCCAAUAUGCAAGAAAAGCUUCAUUCCAAGAUGAUGGAAGCAAAGGAUUCACGAAUCAAAGUAACAUCAGAGACUCUCAAAAGCAUGCGAGUUUUAAAGCUGCAUUCUUGGGAAUCAACAUUCUUGAAGAAGCUGCUUAUGCUGAGGGAAACUGAGAGGAGUUGGCUGAAGAGAUACCUCUAUACAUGCUCAGUAGUGGCUUUUCUCUUUUGGGCGUCACCUACUCUGGUUUCAGUUGCCACUUUUGGUGUAUGCAUUAUACUCGAUACACCAUUGAACACAGGAACUGUUUUGUCUGCUUUAGCUACUUUUAGAAUUCUUCAAGAGCCUAUCUACAACCUCCCAGAGCUUAUUUCCAUGAUUGCUCAAACAAAGGUAUCAGUGGAUCGUAUUAAAGAAUUCGUGAAAGAAGAUCAAUUGAAGCUAAUUCCUGGUCAUACUCCAAAACAAUCCAAUGUCAUGAUUGUAAUUGAGACGGGAGAGUAUGCAUGGAAAACAAGUGAUCAAAAUUUAAAGAAUCCUACGAUCAAAAUUGUGGAGAAGAUAGAGAUAAUAAAAGGAUACAAGGUCGCAAUUUGUGGUUCUGUUGGUUCUGGCAAGUCAAGCCUGCUAAGUAGUAUACUUGGUGAGAUUCCCAAGAUUUCUGGGGUAGGGGCAAAGGUCUAUGGGACAAAAGCUUAUGUUCCACAAUGUUCUUGGAUUCAAUCUGGAACUGUAAGGGAGAAUGUGUUGUUUGGUAAGGAGAUGAUUGAAGGUUAUUAUGAGGAUGUUUUGGAGGCCUGUGCCUUGGACCAGGAUGUCAAAAUGUGGGAAGAUGGAGAUUUGACUGUAGUGGGGGAGAGAGGGAUGAACCUAAGUGGGGGACAGAAACAAAGGAUUCAACUGGCAAGAGCAGUCUAUAGUGAUUCCGAUGUAUAUAUCUUGGAUGAUCCUUUUAGUGCUGUUGAUGCACAUACAGGAACACACUUGUUCAAGAAAUGUCUCUUGCAACACUUGUCUCUAAAAACUGUCAUCUAUGCUACUCACCAAUUAGAAUUUCUUGAAGCAGCAGACCUUAUCUUGGUAAUUAAAGGUGGUCAGAUUGCUCAGUCUGGAAAAUAUGAAGAUUUGAUUGCCGACCUCAAUGGUGAACUUGUUAGACAAAUGGCUGCACAUAGGAAAUCAGCUCAUCAAGUUAAUCUAAUAGAGGUGGUAGAAGAGAAAGGGCCUUUCAACAAUGGCAAGCUUCCAGAAAAGAGUCACGAAGAAGAAGCAGAAACUGGUCCAGUGAAGUUGAGUGUUUAUUCCACCUUUGUAACUUCUGCUUAUGGAGGUGCUCUUGUCCCAGUCAUCCUUCUCUGUCAAGUCCUCUUCCAGGGGCUGCAAAUGGGCAGCAACUACUGGAUGGCUUGGGGAACAGAGAAGGAAGGUAAGAUCAGUAGAGAGCGAUUGAUAUGGGUGUUUAUUAUGCUGUCCGGUGGGAGUUCCAUCUUCAUAUUGGGAAGGGCAGUUUUUCUGGCAACUAUUGCUUUACAGACAUCUCAGUGUCUCUUUCUUAGAAUGAUAACUUCAGUAUUCCGAGCACCUAUCUCAUUUUUCGACAUCACUCCUUCUAGCCGAAUCCUGAAUAGGUCUUCCACAGAUCAAAGCACUGUAGACAUGGACAUUCCUUAUAGAUUAGCUGGAUUAGCAUUUGCACUUAUCCAACUAAUAAGCAUCAUAGUUCUUAUGUCCCAAGUGGCCUGGCAAGCCUAUUACAUUACCACAGCUAGAGAACUUGCGAGGAUGGUUGGAAUUCGUAAGGCUCCAAUCCUCCAUCACUUCUCAGAAUCAAUCACAGGGGCAGCAACAAUUCGCUGUUUCAACCAAGAAAACCGCUUCUUGAUGAAGAUAAUGGACCUCAUAGACGAUUAUUCGCGUGUAGCCUUCCACAAUUAUGCCACGAUGGAAUGGUUGUCUGUGCGGAUCAAUUUUCUGUUCAAUAUUGCAUUCUUCCUUGUUCUUGUCAUUUUAGUGAGCUUGCCAAGGUCUGCCAUUGACCCAAGUUUGGCAGGACUGGCAGCUACCUAUGGUUUGAACCUCAGUGUUCUCCAAGCUUGGGUGAUAUGGAAUUUGUGUAAUGUGGAAAACAAAAUGAUAUCAGUGGAGAGGAUCCUUCAAUUCACAAAUAUACCAAGUGAGGCACCACUAGUCAUUGAAGAUUGUAUACCAAACCCUGAAUGGCCAACUGAUGGAAAAAUUGAACUUAAAAACCUUAAUGUUCAGUAUGAUCCAGCUCUUCCAAUGGUUCUCAAAGGGAUUAGUUGCACCUUCCCUGGACAGAAGAAAAUUGGAGUUGUAGGCAGGACGGGGAGCGGAAAAUCCACCUUGAUCCAAGCUCUUUUUAGAGUAGUAGAGCCCUCUGGUGGACAUAUAUUAAUUGAUGGUGUUGAUAUUUCUAAAAUUGGUCUGCAAGACUUGAGAUCAAGGUUGGGAAUAAUUCCACAAGACCCAACAUUAUUUCAAGGAACCAUGAGGACUAAUCUGGAUCCUUUGCAACAGCAUUCAGAUCAAGAAAUAUGGGAGGUUCUGAAUCAGUGUCGACUCACAGAGAUGAUUAGGCAAGACCAAAGGCUUCUUGAUGCACCUGUUUCUGAAGAUGGAGAAAACUGGAGUGUGGGACAGAGGCAGCUUGUGUGCCUGGCACGAGUACUCCUAAAGAAAAGGAGGAUUUUGGUGUUGGAUGAGGCUACAGCUUCUAUUGAUGCAGCGACAGAUACUGUAAUUCAGGAGACUAUAAAAAGAGAAACAAGUGGAUGCACUGUCAUUACUGUGGCUCAUCGAAUUCCUACUGUUAUCGACAAUGACUUGGUUCUAGUCCUUGAUGAAGGAAAGGUUUUAGAGUAUGACUCUCCAGCUCGGUUACUUGAGGAUAGCUCUUCUGCAUUCUCCAAGUUGGUAGCAGAAUACUCAAGGAGAUCUUCCAUGAGCAAUUGCUUUAGAGACCUAUCUUGA